AUGACCAACUGUGACAUUUCCAACUGGUUAUUCAUCACCACGUGUUGGAAUUAUGCCAUCUUGAUUGUAUUAGGUCAUUUACGUGAUUUCUUUCAUGAAUUAUUUUAUGGAAGUAUUCACAAGACACCUUUUGGUUGUGCGCCCUUGUUGAGUUCGUUUGAAGAUUUGUAUACACGGAGAAUAUUUAGAAGAGUGUGUGAUUGUUGGAAUCGACCCAUAGCAUCACGACCUGGUGCUUAUAUUGAAGUCAUGGAACGGAUUUCACACGACUACAAUGCUCAUCUCGAACUCACUGGCCGCACUUUCAAAUGUCUCAACCUCGCCAGUUACAAUUAUUUAGGUUUUGCCGAGAGUCCUUCUCACGUUCAACAACAAGUCUUGCAAAGUUUGGAUCAAUUCGGAGUUGCACAAAGUUCUCCCUAUGGUCACUGUGGUGGUUACACUCAAACACAUCGAGAUUUAGAAAAAACCAUUGCUCGUUUCGUAGGACAAGAAGAUGCCUUGAUUUUUUCGAUGGGUUUUGCAACGAAUAGUACCACCAUUCCAUUAUUGGCCAAUUCAUCGGAGUGUCUCAUUAUUAGUGAUCAAUUGAAUCAUAUGAGUAUUGUGAAUGGAGUGAGAAGUUCUUUGAAAGCUACUGUGACAGUUUUUAAACACAAUGAUAUGAACCAUUUGGAACGUAUUGUCAGGAAGAGUAUUUUAGAAGGUCAACCGGGAUCACAUAAACCUUGGAGAAUGAUUUUAAUCAUUUUGGAAGGAAUUUAUUCGAUGGAAGGAGAAAUUGCAAAUUUAAAACAAGCUGUUGAAAUUAAGAAAAAGUAUGGAUGUUACUUGUAUGUGGAUGAAGCUCAUAGUAUUGGUGCGUUGGGAAAGACAGGUCGAGGAGUGUGUGAAUAUUGUGGAGUGAAUCCUCGAGAUGUCGAUAUUUUGAUGGGAACAUUCACCAAGAGUUUUGGUUCUGUGGGAGGAUACGUUGCUGCCAAUAAGGAAAUUAUUGCACAUUUGAGAAAGAAUUGUUAUGGUUUAGUGUAUGGAAGUAGUAUGCCUACUCCGUGUGCUCAGCAAGCUUUAUCGGCACUCCAGGUCAUUAUGGGAGAGGAUGGAACGGAUUUGGGUCGAAGAAAAUUACAUCAACUCAACGAAACUUCGAACUAUUUUAGAGAGGGUCUGAAGAAGUUAGGUUUUGAGGUCAUUAGUGAUAUCGAUUCGCCAGUCAUUAUUACCAUGUUGUAUAAUCCUUCGAAAUGUGCAGCUUUGAGUCGAAUGUGUCUCGAAGAGGGUAUUGCAGUGGUUGUAGUGGGUGCUCCUGCUACGGAGACAUUGAACUCGAGAGUGAGAUUUUGUGUCUCUGCUGCUCACACGAAAGAAGAUAUUGAUCUAGCUCUGGAAAAGCUCGAUCGGUUGGGAGACUGGACAGCUAGCAAGUAUAAGCUGUUCAAGAGUCAAGCCAUGAAUGAUUUGUAUAAUAUUCUCUUUUAA